AUGACUUUAUUCUCAUAUGACGUUCUUAGAGUAUGGAAAAGUCAUGCGCAAAAUGAUGUCAACUCUACAAUGAGUUCAGCGUUUGUAUUAACACCUCAUCCAUACGGUUCCAAACUACAAUUAAGUGACAAUUAUUUAAACCAGAAAGAUUAUUUAGCAAUGAAAUUAACUUUGGGUAUGGCAAUAAGCAAUUUUAAACAUCAUGUACAACAGCAGCAACAACGAACUAGUCAAGUACAAGGUGAAGAUGGAUUCUAUGCAUCACUGAAGAAUACAACACUGAAAAUUCCAGUUAGAUCAGAUUUAAGUGUAGCUGUCACAUUCAAUGAAUAUCCAGAAACAAGUCAAGCUGCUUUAGAUUUUCACCUUAUCACUACUUAUACAUGCAGUGAAAAUACAGUUAAUGCUACUGUCGAAAACGUUACUACAUGCCUACAAGUCUAUUCAACAAUGACAUGGCCAGAUUACAAUGUGAGUAGUACACUCCUAGGAAACAGUUGGCAGUUGGCCGCAAUACUACAACAAAGUGCAGAUAUCACAGAAUGUGUUCCAAAUUAUACUUUAGACAUUCGAAAAAUUGCUAUUUCAACAUUGAUUUUGUUCUUCGAUAUUUUUUAUAUAGACAAUGGGAUUGUAAUGGCUCUCAUAUUCAUGUCAGUGUUGACUGCUGUCAUUGCCUUCUCGUUAAUUGCAUUCUUUUUAGCCAGAUGUUAUCGGCGACGAAAAAUGUACCGUGAAGGACCUAAUAAACUAAUUAUCUACCCAGAUGAUGUUGUAUUUAUGAAAACUCACAGAACAGUCAAACAUGCAACACCUAGCAAUGUUGACUUACGGUUUCCAACGCUGACUAGUGAGACGAAAAUCAACGGCUCUACUGCUAGUCAUCCGAAUCAUGGGAAGGUAGAUAAUCAAACAAAAUCUUUAGUAUCUGUUAUGAGUGGAGAUGGAAUUGAAGAUACAAACGUUGCACGCUACAAUAAUGGUUUGAUUUAUAUCAAGCGACUGGAAUUAAAUAAUGCAGCACUUAAAAGCAAAUUCUUAGAUCAUAUUCGCUUGUUAAAAGAAAUACGUAAUGAGAAUGUUAAUCAGCUCAUUGGCUGUUAUGUUGACCUCACUGCUUUAUGCUUGGCAUUCGACCAUUGUACAAGAGGAAGUUUAAAAGGCAUGAGGUAUAUACACUCAAGUCCACUGAAAAAGCAUGGAUGGCUAAAGUCAACAAAUUGUUGUGUAGAUGGUCGAUGGGUUGUAAAAAUCACAGAUUAUGGGCUACCUGAUAUUUAUAGUAUAUAUGGGACAAGCAGAAAGAUAAAGGAUGAAGAGUUAUUAUGGACAGCACCGGAACAUUUACGUGAAGAAACAAAUGUUCAUGCUGGCAGUCCAAAAGGUGAUGUUUAUUCGUUUGCCAUUUUAAUGCAAGAAAUAAUUACUCGUGAUGACCCAUAUGGGAUGCUUGGAUUAAGUCCAUCAGAGAUAUUAAGUAAAGUUCGUAAACCACCACCUUUAUGUAGACCGAAAGUUUCACAAUCUGAAGCACCGCCAGCCUAUAUAGAGUUUAUGAAACGUGCAUGGGCAGAAAGUCCUGUAAUGAGACCAACUUUUGAAGAAAUUUAUCAACAGCUUAGACAGCUCAAUCAAGGAAGGAAAAUUAAUAUUGUUGAUCACAUGUUUAAAAUGAUGGAAAAAUACUCAGCUGAUUUGGAAGAUCAAGUACGCGUACGAACGGAAGAAUUGGAAACUGAGAAGAAAAAAACCGAAUUACUAAUAGCGAGAAUGCUUCCUCCAGUUGUAGCUGAAACCCUAAUGUCUGGUAAAACUGUUUGUCCAGAAGCCUUUGAUGAAGUGACAAUAUAUUUCAGUGAUAUUGUUGGCUUUACUACAAUAUCUGCACUGUCUACACCAUUUCAAGUUGUUGAUCUGUUAAAUGAUCUUUAUACGAUGUUUGAUGCAACCAUUGACUAUUACGAUGUAUACAAAGUCGAAACAAUUGGCGAUGCAUACAUGGUUGUUUCUGGCCUACCUGUACGUAAUGGUCAGUUACAUGCAGGUGAAAUAGCUACUAUGGCACUGGACUUACUAAGUGAAUGUGGAACAUUUGUUAUUCGUCAUAUGCCAGAUGUACCUCUUCGAUUACGUAUUGGAUUGCAUUCAGGUUGA